UAUCGAUUCAUACCCAUCCCGGUCGGUUGAUAGGGGGCUUUCUUGUCAACGUCACCCCUCUAUUUUCCUUUAACUCGUCUUUUGCUUCAACGACUGUCGAGGCCCUCCGGAGACAGGAUAGGCUUCUCUGUGGUUCAACAUCAAUUGGUCUUGUUCUCUCCUUUCCACUGCGGUGGUCAAGUCCAACCCGGCUUUGUUGGCCACUGGGCCCGCUUCUAGACCCUCACUAGGCCCAUGUGCCACCUUUGACCACCCACUACUUAUCUCAACAUCUCCCUGAGAUCGCUUUCGCUUCGAUCCUCUCUUUCACUCUCUAUAUCGAAUCUUCAAAAGCCUUCCGGCUUUGACCUCUACCCAAAAUGAGGGCGUCUUUGCUGGCGUGGUCCCUCCUCUCGCUUUUCGCAAUUCCCACCCUCGCCGUUCCCUCCAAUGACCAGCAUGUUGAACCGCGAAAGAACCACCUGGUGAAAAGGUCCCCGCGGUCUGGGGCGGGGGAUUUGGAUAAGCCAACGACGUUCAAUGGUAUUGUCGUGCCGCCGAUGAAAACGUUAACCCCCGACAAUUUUGAAGAGACAGUCAAAGAUGGCUACUGGUUCAUCAAGUUCUACUCUCCCGCUUGUCCCCAUUGCACGAAGAUCGCUCCGGCAUGGCAGACCCUGUACGAAUACUACUACACGUCCGAUCCUUUGUCCUCGUCUUCCUCGAAACCGGUCGACACCAAGUCGUUGAACUCCUUCCAGGGGUUCUAUAAUUUCCGUUUCGCCUCGAUGAAUUGCCAGGUUUAUGCGGACAAGUGUACGGAGUUGCAGGUCAACUACUACCCACUCUUUGCUCUGUAUCACGACGGUCAAUCGGUUGAAAACUACGACGGUGCCAGGACCAUCAACGGCAUUGCCGAAUUCGUUGAAGGAAAAUUGGAAUUGAUCAAACCAGGUUCCCGACCCCCAACUGGUGUUAAGGUGCCAAAGCCGGGUGCCCAGUUCGCAGACGCCGCUGCUGAGCCAGAAAUCCCCGCCUCCAAGGACAAAGACCCUGAGGCGGGUGCCAAGGCGGGUGAAAAACACAAUGAACAAGUGGCGCAGCUGUCCGCAAAGGAUGCUGCCGGGAAGGAUGCUCCAAUGCAGAAACCUAAGCCCAAGCCCAAGCCCGCCAAUCCUCAGGGGCUCUCUGUUCCGCUGACGGCGGAAAGUUUUCAGAAGCUAGUCACCACUUCUCAGGAUCCCUGGUUCAUCAAGUUCUAUGCACCAUGGUGUGGUCAUUGCCAGGCGCUGGCUCCCAACUGGCAGCAGAUGGCCAAGGAAAUGCAAGACACCUUAAAUGUUGGUGAAGUGAACUGCGACGUCGAGUCGAGACUCUGCAAAGACGCCCAUGUGAGCGCCUUCCCCACAAUGUAUUUCUUCCGCGGUGGGGAGAGGGUCGAGUACGAUGGCCUCCGGGGACUCGGUGAUUUGAUCAGCUAUGCCAAGAGCGCUGUCGACAUCGGCGGGGGUGUCCAGGAUGUCGAUGCAGCCGCCUUCAAGGAGCUGGAGGAGAAGGAAGAAGUGAUCUUCUUAUAUUUCUACGAUCAUGCCACUACCUCCGAGGAUUUCGCGGCGUUGGAGCGCCUGACGCUUAGCUUGGUCGGCCAUGCCAGGCUUGUCAAGACCAACAGUGCGGCUUUGGCCGAGCGUUUCAAGAUCUCGACGUGGCCCCGUCUCCUUGUCGUUCGCGACGGACGUCCCAACUACUUCAACGCGUUGGCUCCCAAGGAUAUGCGCGACUUCCGACAGAUCCUGGGGUGGAUGCGUACGGUCUGGCUGCCUAUCGUGCCAGAGCUGACUGCCUCCAAUGCCCGCGAAAUCAUGGAUGGCAAGUACGUUGUCCUUGGCGUCCUGAGCCGGCGGCACUCGGAUGAGUUUGUGCAGGCAAAGAGGGAGCUGAAAAAUGCCGCUCUUGAAUGGAUGGACAAGCAGACCCAGCUGUUUCAGUUGGAGAGGAAGGAGCUUCGGGAUGCCAAGCAGUUGCGCAUCGAGGAAGCCGAUGACCGUGACGACCAGCGAGCCUUGCGGGCCGCCAAGAACAUGCGUAUCACCAUCCGCGAGGAUGACAAGAAACAAGUCGGCUUUGCCUGGGUCGACGGUGACUUCUGGGAGCGCUGGCUCAAGAGCACCUUCGGCAUCGAUGUGGACAGCGGCGAGCGAGUCAUUAUCAACGAUCAAGAUAACCGUCGCUAUUGGGACUCUUCUUCUAGUGGAGCUUCCAUCAUGGCCUCACGUACUUCUAUCUUGGAGACCAUCCCGCUCGUCAUUCACAACCCACCCAAGCUGAGCUCCAAGUCUACCGUGGGUACCUUCGAGUCGAUCUUCUUCUUCACGCGGACCUUUAUCUCCACACACCCCAUCAUCUUCGUCAUCAUCUUGCUAGUCUCCAUCAUCACGGCCACCCUUUUGGCCCGAGGGAAGUUCGCCCGUCGCGUCCGUGGUGGUAUCCUAGGCGUCACUGGCAGUGCGUCAAGUGGACUUUUCCACUUCGAUGGAAAGGACGGUAUUUUGAAUGGGAACGGAACUGGAAAGGUUGAUUGAUUGGGAACGCAUAGCAUUGUAAAUCUAGGUCUCUUAUACAUCUUCUCAUCUUCGACCUUCCCGUUUUAGUUCUUCGGAGUUGGCUUAUAUUUGGUACAAUACAAGGCUCAAGGGGUUUUGGAGAUUGAUACUUGGCAUAAUCAUCUGUCACUAUCCUUCUGCUGCUUUUCUCUUUCCUGUCCAAGUUAUUGUCUU